AUGGCUGUUUCUCCAGUCAUAGUUUUAGCUGGCGUUGCCCUCGCUAUAAUCCUGUUUCACAAGUUGGUUGUAUACCCGGCCUUCCUAUCUCCAUUGUCAAAAAUUCCAAAUGCGCACUGGACAGCCCCGAUAUCUCCUGCUUGGAUUCUUUGGAGGCGUUUCAAGUGCCAGAACAACCGAACCAUCCAUGCGGCUCAUGAUAGGCUUGGUCCUAUUGUACGGCUAUCGCCCUCAGAGAUAUCUAUCAACUGUGUUGAUGGAGGCAUCAAGUCUGUAUACUCGGGUGGUUUUGAGAAACAUGAAUGGUAUCCGCGGGUUUUUGGAUCCCUUGGGACUGUCAGUAUGUUUACCAUGACUGACAGUAAAACUCACUCAAACCGCAAAAGGAUGCUGUCCAAUAUCUACAGCAAGUCCUUCUUGCAGUCAUCGCCUCACAUGCGUCUCAUAUCAAAGACGAUUCUCUUUGAUCGCUUCCUGCCAAUUCUCAAUGAAGCUGUCUCUUCUAAGACACCCAUUGAAUUUCUCGACCUUGUCCAGGGCGUCACUAUGGACUUUGUUUCGGCAUAUUUGUUUGGUCUGACCAAUGGGACCAACCUCCUUCAAGAUCCACCCUACCGGCAGAGGCUACUUCAACUGUACCACUCCAGGAAGCAGUAUGAAUUUUACCACCAGGAAAUUCCGAAUCUGGUGUCCUGGUUGAAGGUCUUGGGCAUUAAUUUGAUCCCCAAAUGGUGCGGUGAAGCCAACGACGCACUAGAUGCAUGGGGGCUGGAUAUGUGCGACAAGGCGGAGCAAAGCCUUGGAUCGGCCGAGCUCCAAGUUGAACCCGUCGUAUAUAAGCAUCUCAAGCAGGCCUUGUCUAGGCAACCCCCUGCGACAAAGGGGGGCUCAAAGGAGAACCUUAAACAUGAGCGGAUUGAGAUCGCUUGUGAAUUAUAUGACCAACUUACAGCUGGCUUCGAGACCAGCGCUAUAGCCUUAACCUAUCUCUUGUGGGAGAUGUCCCAGCACCCGGAUCUGCAAAAGGAGCUCCGCGAAGAACUAUUAACCUUAGAGCCGAAGAUUCUGUACCCUAGGCCUUCUAUAUCGGUGGGUCUGCCAUCGUCGAAGUCCAUUGACUCGUUGCCUCUCUUGGAGGCUAUCGUCACAGAGACACUGCGUCUUCAUGCUCCAAUUCCUGGAAUUCAGCCUCGCGUCACCCCGUCGCCUUCUUGUAGCUUGGCUGGUUAUAAUGAUAUUCCUGCCAACAUAAGAGUGAACGCGCAAGCUUACUCGCUGCACCGCAAUCCGGAUGUAUUUCCGGCUCCCGAGACCUGGCAGCCUAAGCGGUGGCUCAAAGACAGCAAUUUGUCAUCUGAUAUCGAGGAAAUGAGGCGAUGGUUCUGGGCCUUUGGUAGUGGUGGGAGAAUGUGCGUGGGGAGCAAUUUAGCUUUGCAAGAGAUAAAGCUGGUAGUUGCCACCAUCUAUACCAACUUCAAAACCUCUAUCAUUGAUGAUACGGGCAUCGAAGCAAUCGAUGCGUACACAGUGAAGCCUGAGGGGGAGAAACUGGUUCUCAAAUUCGACUCUGUGUAG